UUUUUUGAAGAGGUCGCAGGUGCAAUUUUUAUAUUUCCGAAUACCAAUAUGGUAAAUGCCAUUACACAGUUCGUUUUUUUCUUUGUUUUUUGAAGAGGUCGCAGGUGCAAUUUAUAUAUUUCCUAAUACCAAUAUGGUAAAUGCCAUUACACAGUUCAUUAUCAGUUUUCAUUGAGGAUUUGCUGUUUGGGGGUUUUUCAAGGUUCGGAAAUUUAGGGUUUUCCUCUCAAGGCUGUGAGGACACACCGGCACUUGUGUAGAGGGAGAGUGAGGUUCUGCAACUCGAGGGCGUUGUAGUCUUAGUGAGAGAGAGAAACUCUGCGACUCGGGGGCGUUGUAAUUCUAGAGAAAGGGAUAUUUAACUCCUUGGCAUUGCAAGAAUUUCUUAGGUUUUACGAACACUUCGGUUUUCCUCUCUCUUGCCCUUGAAGUUUCACUUUAUUGCUGAGAGAGCGAGAGAAUCUCUGCAACUUCAGGGGGUACGAGUUCUAGGGUUUUACAAGAUGCUUCGAAGAAACAUCAGGUUAAGGCGAGAGUAUCUUUACAGAAAAAACCUCGAAGGGAAGGAGAGAUUGCUUUACGAGAAGAAGCGAAAAAUUAGAAAAGCACUAGAAGAGGGGAAGCCCAUUCCUACUGAACUGCGAAAAGAGGAAUUCGCCUUGCGCCAUGAAAUCGAUCUUGAGGACGAUCAAACAGCAGUUCAAAAGACUCACGUUGAUGAUGAAUAUGCAAAUGCAUCUGAGAUGGACCCUAAAAUUCUAUUGACCACUUCGCGAGACCCAAGUAGCCGACUUUCCCAGUUUGUUAAGGAACUAAAAUUUGUGUUUCCUAAUGCACAAAGAAUGAAUCGUGGGAAUCAGGUUAUCUCAGAGAUCGUUGAAACUUGUCGUACACAUGAUUUUACAGAUAUUGUCAUGGUUCACGAGCAUCGUGGGGAGCCAGAUGGAUUGAUUGUUUGUCAUCUACCAUUUGGUCCAACUGCAUACUUCGGCUUACUCAAUGUGGUGACAAGACAUGAUAUUAAAGACAAGAAGGUUAUUGGAACAAUGUCUGAAGCAUAUCCUCAUCUAAUUCUUCAUAACUUCUCCAGUAAGCUUGGUGAAAGAACAGCCAACAUACUAAAGCACCUCUUUCCAGUUCCUAAACCAGAUUCGAAGCGCAUUAUUACCUUUGCCAAUCAAUCUGAUUACAUCUCAUUCAGGCAUCAUGUCUACCAAAAAGAUGGGGGUCCUAAAUCAAUUGAACUAAAGGAAGUUGGUCCUCGCUUUGAGCUGCGGCUGUAUCAGAUCAAACUGGGUACUGUUGAUCAGAGUGAAGCCCAAAAUGAAUGGGUCAUCAGGCCGUAUAUGAACACUGCAAAGAAGCAGAAGGCUCUCGGAGACUGAUGCAUCACCACGACCUUGCACAUCGCAAUUUCUCAAAUAGUGAUCUUCAUGUCAAGCCUAAUUUAUUAAAAAACCUCUUAUUUGUUGCUUGCUUUUGCUUCUUUAUUGAUCUCAGUUUGUAUCACUUUACGAGUGGCUGUUAUUUGUUCUAGGGCUUCAGCUUUUUGGCUUACUGGUUGGGGCCCAAGGGGUGGGGAUGUAGCACCCAAGGUUUGAAUCCCAGCUUAUUUGCCACUCGAGAGAGAGAGCCCUAAAAAGUUGCUAUUAUACAUUUUCAGGCGCAGAGCGAGAGAGAGGGCCCCUAAAAAGAUGCUAUUGUAUUUUGCGGUCUAGCACAUUUUUGUGACGAAUCGUAUAUUUUAGCCAAAAAACUUUGGACC